GACGAAGGGUUGCAAGUAUCUUGUUACUUAUAUGUCAUUGCAGUAAAUCAAGUUUCUUCAUUUUCAAGUCGCAAGUAAAACAAUCUAGUCAGACUAGUAUGGACCCUCCAUCGCCGUCCCAAUUGCCACCUUCAUCUUCCAAAUAUCACCAUCCCUACUUUACUCCAGCUGAAGUCGAGUAUUUAUCUGAAAAGCAAAGAGGAAAGCUCUCUGCCACACAGGAAGAAAAGGCCAGGCAACAGGGUUGUGGAUUUAUAGAAGCAGUCGGUGCAAAGGUCGGCUUUCCGAGAAAGACGGUUGCAACUGCACAGAACUUAUAUCACCGUUUCCACUUGUUCUUUCCUCGCAAGGACUUUAACUAUCAUGAUGUGUCUCUGGCUUCGCUUUAUGUAUCGACCAAGAUGCAUGACACUCUGAAAAAGCCACGAGAAAUCUUGAUGGUAUCCUACGCAGUGCGGUUUCCUGAACUAGCAGCAAAAUCGAAAUCUAUUGGAGGUGAAAUCGAUAUGGAUCCAGCGACAGCCGAGCAUGAUCGUCAACGGCUUUUGGCCGUCGAAAGGCUGAUCUUAGAGACGAUAUGCUUCAAUUUCACCUCUAGAAUGCCAUUCCCUUAUGUCAUCAAGAUCGGGAAAAUACUAGGAGCAUCGAAAAAGAUGAUCAAGCUGGCCUGGCGUUUGACUGUGGAUAGUCAUCGCACUCUUGUCCCUAUACAGUAUCCUCCACAUGUUGUAGCUUUGGGAUGUUUGUAUACUGCUUCUCUACUUUCCUCUAUCGACCCUUCUCUCCUCCCAGACCAGUCGAGUGCGAACGAUGGCACAAAAAUCUCUGGUAUACUCGGUAAAAAGGGCGGCUGGGAGCAGAAAUUUGUGGCUCAAGUUGAAGAUUUGGAAGAAAUCGCACACACUCUCAUUGACCUUCUGAUACAAGCGGCUCAAAACCCAUCUGCUAACACGUCACCCAGUACACCACAGUCGCCUUCACCUCACCCGUCGCCUCGAAAUCAGCAUUUUUCUGCAAACGCCCCGUACACUCAGCUCCCACCUGUACCAUACAAAGCGGAUCAACUGAUGCGGCUGAAAAUUCUUAUGCGAGAGACUGAGUAUCCAGCUCUACCGCGACAACCACUGGGUAAUGCAGACCCUAGUGCACUGUAUAGUGGAGACGAUGUUGCAUUGUUGGGCCGGAAUGAGGGCACUGUAAGGUUUCUUUUUGGGCCUCCCGCUGUUGUAGGACAGGGCGUGUAAUAUAACUUGUUUAGUUUGCUG